AAUAAUAACAUAACCAUUAACAACAUAAAAAUUCAAGGUAGGAACAAAUAUUUCUUUUUAAAAAGCAUCAAAAACAACAAUUUUUCAUAGCUCACAAUAUUUUCAAUUCUUGAUUUAAAUAUCCAUCCAUAGAUGACUAAUCUUCACGCCUCCAUAUACGGGAAAGAUAAACUCUCGACAAACGUCCGGGCACGCUGUUACAUUGAAGGGAGGAAGUUUACACUUCCAGUAAAAACAACAUAGAUAUGUCGCUUUCGGGAAAAAUCUGCAUCGUGACCGGUGCCUCCCGGGGGAUAGGGAGAGGGAUAGCCUUACAGCUGGGGGAGGCGGGGGCCACUGUGUAUAUUACAGGAAGAACUCUAGUAGCACGCCCGGGGGACCCUCUAGGCGGAUCCCUGACAGAAACUGCAAGCGAGAUUGAAUCAAGAGGCGGAAAAUGUAUUCCUGUACAAUGCGAUCACUCAAAAGACGAGGAAAUUGCCGCAUUCUUUGAGAGAGUGAAAUCUGAACAAAAUGGCCGACUUGACGUUCUUGUUAACAAUGCUUAUGCCGCUGUAAAUGCAAUUACUGAAAUUAGGGAAAAACCUUUCUGGGAGCAACCUUUGUCAAUAUGGGAUACGGUUAACAAUGUGGGCCUAAGAAACCACUACAUAUGCACAGUAUAUGCUGCAAAAAUGAUGGUUCCAAGAAAACAAGGACUGAUAGUCAACAUAUCUUCUGCUGGGGGUCUGGCAUACAUUUUUAAUGUGGCAUAUGGCAUAGGAAAGGAAGCACUGGACAGAAUGGCGGCGGAUUGUGGAGUAGAACUGAGGAAACACAACGUGGCCGUGGUCAGUCUAUGGCCUGGACCUGUCAUGACAGAAUACGUGGUCCAAAUGCUUCAAACCAGCAAAAGUGCACAACAAAAGAAGAUGUUCGAACGCGCUGAAACUGUUGAAUACGCCGGGAAGUGCAUAGUAGCUCUUGCAAACGACCCAAACGUGAUGAGCAAAUCUGGAAAGGUGCUGAUGACUCCUGAGCUAGGACAAGAGUACAAUUUACGGGACAUUGAUGGUCGUGUUAUUGACAGUAUGAGACGAUUUAAUUGGUUGGUGGCGCGCAAUCCGAACACUGCCUGGAUGCAAAGAUGGCUUCCAAACUUCUUGAGAAUGCCUUACUGGAUGUUCGCUUUGAGAGGAAGCAAAUUUUGAUAUGAAAGGGGUUCUGUGUCUUCUCACUUCUUGUGGUGCCAAAGAACAAAACGUGAACGAUAACUUAUUAUAGCAGAAAAAUACACAGGUUUUAUACAAAAUGCAGAAACGGGUAUAUAAAUUCCCAUGACAUUAAGUUUUCUGUUGAUUUUAAUUUUCUGCAUACAUUGAGCAACGAUCGAUUUACACGCUUCUUUCCAGAGAUACGUAUUUGUGAAUAUAUAUAUAUAUAGUUUGUAUUACUUGUUUCAAAGUCAAUUCAAUGGUUCGCGUUAUUUGUUGUGAAGUCGAUUAAAAAGAAACACAACUUAAAA